AUGGAGUCUCUGAAACGCACGACAGAGGGCGCCACCCCACCUUUGCGGCUUGUGAUUAUUGUGAUUGUGGUGCCAUUGGCUGUCAUUCUACCAAAGAAACAUCACCAUAAAGUCAAGGCUGCCAAAGUGUUGUUCCCUGUGUAUAUCUAUCCGGAGACAAACACUACUUGGGAUCCUCUGUAUGAAGCGAUUACCACUCAUCCAGAGCUUGACUUUGUUGUGAUUGUUAAUCCUUCAAGCGGGCCAGGAUCAUCGCCCCCAAGCACUCAAUAUCAAGUCGCUGUGAAGAGAUUGAGCACGUACUCCAAUGUGCAGAAAGUAGGAUACAUCCCUACUAACUAUGCGGACCGGAAUAUCACCGAAGUGCUAGAGGCCGUGGCGACAUACUCCAAUUGGACUUCCGAGUCAAGCACCUUGUCAAUGGACGGAAUUUUCUUCGACGAAAUACCCUAUGACUGGAACUCCACAAAGUCCGAGUACCUGACUCGAAUCAAUGAGGCGGUUAAAAGUUCCAGCGGCAUUGGAUCGCCACAAUUGAUCAUCCAUAAUCCAGGUACAAUCCCAGAUUCGCGAUACAACGACACCACAACAGAUAUCACCGUGGUCUUUGAACAAUCAUAUUCGUAUUAUGAAACUCAAGUGAACGCGCUAGAUGAUCUUAGCACCUCGCGCCGUGGCAAUUACUCCUACAUGCUUCACUCAAUGCCGACCAUGAGCAAUAACACCAUGAAAAAUUUCAUCGAUGAUCUUAGCGAUCGGGCGGAGUAUCUGUUCCUAACCACGCUAGAGGCGAACUACUAUGAAAAAUUCGAUCCGAAGUUGGAGGUCUUCUGCGACCUGGUUCCAACUAGUCAGACAUAA